AGAAAGAGUCUUUAAGCCCUUUAAGGAUUCUCUGUCCCUUCACACACUAUCUCUAUCUCCCUCCUUCCCUCUCUAAACUUCUUUUCUUCUACUUGAAACAAACUAUAGAGAGAUUAGAUAGAGAUUGAUAGGGAGGAAACACAAAUAAAUUCUUUUUGACCCUUGAUUAUUAUAUAAAACACCAACUUGCACAAUUCCCAAUAAUACCAUAUUUAAGAAACUUCUGUUUUCUGAUUUGGCUGGUCUUUUUCAGAAAGAAGUAGAGGUUUAUAAUGGUGGCUCAUGAGAGGUUCCAUAUUCUUCAAAAACCAACAUGCAUUUGGAUAAUCUGGGUCUGCCUCUUGGUUUCUCUCUCUAUCCAUGGAAGAGCAUCUUAUUCAUAUACAUCACCAGCAACAAUCUCAACAUCUUCUUCCAAUCUUUCUCUCCCACACCAACACCCAUUCCCUGAAGAUAUUGUUCUUAAUGUCCAAAGGAAGCUCAACGAUUCUCUCCACAGAAGAAACCUCCUCACUUACCAACAAGGCGACGGCGACACGACGUCGUCGGCGCCAAUACCUUCCUGCAUCACCGGAAACCCAAUCGACGACUGCUGGCGCUGCGACCCAAACUGGUCUCAAAACCGCCAGCGCCUCGCCGACUGCUCCAUCGGCUUCGGACAAGGCACGCUCGGCGGCAAAGGCGGCCGCUUUUACCUCGUAACCGACUCCUCCGACGACGACGCGGCGAACCCGAUCCCCGGAACCCUCCGACACGCCGUGAUCCAGCCUGAGCCUCUCUGGAUCGUCUUCUCCGGCGACAUGGGGAUCAGACUCCGACACGAGCUCAUCGUCGGAAGCUACAAGACCAUCGACGGGAGAGGCGCGAACGUGCAAAUCACCGGCCACGGAUGCCUCACGAUCCAGCAGGUGAGCCACGUCAUCAUCCACAACGUCCACGUUCACCACUGCAAACCCUCGGGGAACACUCUGGUCGCUUCGUCGCCGACGCACGUCGGGUUCAGAGGAGCCUCCGACGGAGACGGGAUCUCCGUCUCCGCUUCGCAUCACAUUUGGGUCGAUCACUGCUCUCUCGGAUACUGUUCCGACGGUCUCAUCGACGUCAUCCUUGCGUCAACGGCCGUUACGAUCUCCAACAACUACUUUCAUCACCACGACGAAGUUAUGCUCUUAGGCCAUGACGACCGGUAUACGGCGGACACGGGGAUGCAGGUGACGAUUGCGUUCAACCAUUUUGGAGAGGGGCUCGUGCAGAGGAUGCCACGGUGUAGACAUGGCUAUAUUCAUGUGGUGAACAAUGAUUUCACUGCAUGGGAGAUGUAUGCAAUUGGUGGAAGUGCUAACCCUACGAUCAAUAGUCAGGGUAAUCGUUACACCGCGCCUAUUAAUCCCAAUGCUAAAGAGGUGACGAAGCGAGUGGACACAAACGAGAAACACUGGGCGAAAUGGAACUGGAGGACGGACGGAGACGUUAUGGUUAACGGAGCGUUUUUCGUGCCGUCAGGUGACGGAGUCAGUCUAGCGUACGCCCGAGCCACCAGUCUUCAGGCAAAAGCCGCUGGAUUCAUUGACCAGCUAACGGUCAAUGCCGGCGUUUUCGGCGAUCCCAGUGGGAGAAACGGCCAAGGAGGAGGUUUUCCCGGAAUCACUGACGGUGGUGGGACCAUCACACGCGGCUACAGUAAAGGUGGACCCGGCGGUGGCGGCAGCGACAGCGAUGGUGGCCUUUUCUCAAUGAUAUUCGGUAGUAAUACAAAUGCGGCGGCGGCAGCUUUGAGGCCGGGACAAGUCUGGUCGAUUUUGUUCAUUAUCUUAUUAAAUUGGUAUUUUUCAAACCAUAGGAGAUGAUAUUGGUUCACGAGGUUUUAUUAUUUAUUUAACAGUACAAAACAAGGGAAUACAAAAAAAUACAUAUAUGUACACCACACACCCGUUUGCAAAAUUGUAGAUAUAUGGUGGAAAUAUAUAAAA